AUGGAAAUCGCAACUAAAUCAUCCGCGCGUGAAAAUCAGGCCAAUCGUCGCGACGAAGGUCCUAAUAAGGAUUUAUUACUUUUAGCUGGACUUCCGAGUCCAGUGGUACGAUUCAUGGUGAAGAAAUUUUUAGCAUCAAAACCGCUAUUUAAUGAUCAGGAGGGAAAAAGUAUAUGGGUUUGGGGAGACAACUCUCCUUACGUUCCAACGGAUUCGUUUACAGGAUUUCACGAUUUCCUGGUCGAGGAUAAUCCACGUACAAAAAGGAAGGGUUCCGCUCACAACGAGGAUGCGGGUCAUUCACGCGUAGCAGAGGCAAUUACAUUAAGUAGCUACCAAGCAGUACCUCAUAAAAAGAUCGUAAAAAGCCGAGAGAAAGUUCAAGAUUGGCUUAGCAACGGAUCUAUCAGUCACCAGGACCAUAACAUCAGCCCUUUAAGUAAUUGGACUUCCCUUGGUGAGAGCGCUACCUCAGCACAAAGCCAACUAUUUCAAGGUAGUACCCCCCCGAGUACUGUGGACGCGCCUGUAGAUAAACAAAACUUUUCCGUUAUUGUUGACGAGCCACACAAAACUACACCCUUCCAGCCAGAAAAACAUUUUCCUACACCCUUGUCCCGACUACCCCUUACCCAGAAGGAGAUUAAGCGCAUUCGCUUUAACAAGUCGACCAAGAUGGAUUCGACUCCCCAGAGAGAUCGCGUGGGUAUGGCUGGAUCUGUAACUGGAACGCCCAGUAGGGAUCCUUUUCAUCACUCGCGAUCGACUUCGCGUUCUCAUUUAGAGAAGCGCGAUGACGUAUCUCAUUUCUUCUAUCACGCCAGAAACGGCAGUAUCUCGUCAUCGAAGGUACCCUCUCCCGAACGAGGACGCUCUAUGCAAAGACGAUACGAAUUUCCAACUAGUGGCAGUGAUAACCUCCUUUCUCCCGUCUACGAGGGUGCUGGAAACCGUGAUCCCGCUCACAUUACAACCAUGACGGAUAUCAUCGGCCAAGGCAACGUGACACCUUCUCGAGGAUCCCGAUCUAUGUCUCGACAUAAGUCACCCCCGAAACCUGCUUUGGCUUCCUCCGCCAAGAAAGAGAAGCGUCGCCCGCAGCCGCUUGAUCUUAAAGAAGCCCGCAGAUAUGGUGCAGCGGUCACCACCCAGGCCAACAUUCAACCAAUCCACAAUCCUCUUACCCCGGAAGAUAUGGAGCGAAGUCGGUUUCUGGGCGACAGCCCCACAUCAGUGUACACGGAUGAUACACCCUUCCGCUACGAUGAACCCGCGGUUGGCCCAGUCCACGCCUUGAGCAAGCCUCCCAUUGGAUCGAUCAAUAUCCUGCAGGGCUACCAGGAUUGGAAAAUGAAUUCACCCGUUGGCGAGCAUAUGGACAUAAAUGGUAAUCCGUGUUCGAAGGGAAUGGCAGAAAAUGAUAACGCUUCCCAAGCUCCCAUUCCCGCUGGCGUGAUUAAUAGGGAUAUUGAAGCCCCUCCCUUCACUCCGCUGACUCCUUGGAUAGGAGAUGGAAAGACCAGAAGAGCCAAGAAGACCCUGAUUAGUGAUAAGGGUUGGUUAGAGGAUACCGCCGCAGAGGCGAAGAAGCCUGAGGCCAAGAAGAACACGAAGUUUUUUGAUGGUGUAAAGAAGACUGCACGAAGACUUGCUGAAAUGACUGAGGUUAGAAACGCGCAGCCCAGAAUCCACACUGCUCAAGAACUCAGUAUCUCACUUGAUCCCCGCGAGCAGAGCCUGCUCUACUGUGAAUUGGAAUUCAUCCUUAGUAACGCGCUUAGCGGUUACAUCAAUGUCCAACUCCAUAGCGGUCGCCUUAACCCGCAUGUACUCGCCAAGAUUGCAGACGCAUGGGAGCAGAAGGGUCGCCCGAAAGUGAUUGGCUUCCGCUAUGACGUUGAGACGCAAGUCGACAUGAUUGCUGCGCACAUCGGUACUUUCCGAUUCUACGGCCCCUUCCAGACGGACCCAAAUUUCAUCAAGGGUCUUCUUUACGGAAUGAAAAUGGAUGCACGCGUGAUGCGUAUUCGCACUUACUGUCACCCGGACUCGGUUGUUGCAAAACACAUCCUCGAUGCCCAGGCCGUCUUGCAGCUACUUGACAGUCCCGAGCGCCUCCAGAUCUGGCUCGCUGAGGUAUCCCAAUUUUUCCGUGUCGCCCUCGAGCGCGAGAAGAUCGCGUGCAACCAGAAGACCAAGGGGGAGGAAACCAAGCAGGAUGCUGGCCACAAGAAGGAGAAUUCGUUUGCUACUACGAUUGCUACAAAUGCUGAGUAUGCGCCCAACCGAGGCGUCAUGAACCCGCCCCGUGACUACCAGGACUUGUCCCCGCCCAAGAGCAGGUACCCUGGUGAGCACCGUAUUAAGAAUCGUGAGGGUGAACGUAAUUUCAGCGGUCCGACCCUAGAGCCAGAUGUGUACAACCCUGCGAUACCACAUUCGCGAUCAUAUCCGCAGAAUUUGAUGCGCCAGCAGUAG